AUGGAGAAACCACCGUUGCCAUUCACAAAGCGUUUGGCUUUGAAGAGAAAUAUACCUCCACCUCCCCCGCUAAAUCUACGAAAUCUUCCGGUAGAGAUUCAACCAGAGAAUGAUCUCAGGUUCAAGAACUUAUUUCACGAAUUAUGCUUCGGAGACAACAGUUUCUGUGUUGUCUCCAGACAGGGUAAGAGGAACUAUAGGUAUGUGUGUUUCUCUGGCAGCUCAAACAAGAGUUUCUUUGGAGUUUAUGAGGGCCUUGAACGUGUGAAUGCUGUGGAAUUUGUGGCUGAGGAUUUCCACAAAAAUGUUUUUGAGAUGAUGAAGAAUUGUGAGGAGAAGGAGGAGAAGGAAGAGAAAGAAGACGAAGCCUUCAGAGCUGCUUACUUGAAAACUGAAAGUGAUUUCUUGGAGAAGGGCUUAAAGAGUGGUGCCUGCUGUGUUACGGUUUUGAUACAAAACCAGGAGAUGAUUGUGUCGAAUAUGGGAGAUUGUAGAGCUGUUCUAUGUCGAGAAGGAGGAGUUUUUGAGGCUCUCCCAAGUGAUCACAAAGCAGGAAGGGAUCAGGUGAUUGGGGAACACAAGACAAGAAUAUUCAAACUAGAAGAGGAUAUGGAGUUUCUAGUCUUAGCUUCUGCUGGAAUUUGGGAUGUGGUUAGUAAUCAAGAAGCUGUUGACACAGUGGUGAAUGUUUUAGCUCAGGAUCAUAGAGAAAGCGAAGAUGAGGCCUUGAUCCAGAUGCUUGACAAUUUGAUGCCAUGUCGGAAACUCCAACGAGUUUGGCUUGUCAAGCAACAAAAAGAGCUGUUGCCUGUUGAGUCUCCCAUACGUGCAAAGCCGACAAUGUACACCAGAUCAGAUGGUGAAUCUCCAACUUCAAAGCAAAAGAAGAUCAAGGCGGCUUGCAAAGAGCUCGUGAACCUGGCCGUGAGUAGAGGUAGCAAGGAUGAUAUCACAGUGGUGAUUGUUGACCUCAAGCAUUACAAUUAA